CAACUUGCAAGCACGCUCAGCUCUCUCGCUCUCUCUCUCACACAGAUAAUGCUUGAAGCUCAGCUAUGUCUACGUACAGGGUCGGGUUUCGGAGCCUUCUCGGACCAAGCGUAUUCGACUCGCUGCGUGAAGUACUCAUUCACAGGUUCUUCAUCGUUUCGAUUGUCGUUUCGGUUCGGGUUUAAGACGACGCCGUUACGAGGAGGCCCUAGGUCAGCCCUCAUCUCCUGCAACUCUUCUUAUCGCGGUGGCUUCUUCGGUGCACGAUCCGGUAAUGGCGAUGAUCACGACUAUCUAGAAGCCUCCAUCCUCGUUCCAGAAACAAUUUCACACUAUCGCAUGCGGAAGCAAGGAUUUGGGGAGCAGUUUAAACGGCCACCUUAUGGUAAAUUGUCUUUGUCUAUCGUCCAAGCAAAGGAACCGAGAGUCCGUACAAUAGAAGAAGAUUUUCUUCGCCGAUUUCAGAGUCCCACAAUUUUUCUUAAAAUUUCUUGUGAUGGAGAUUUUUUGCUCCCAAUCAGUGUAGGGGAAUUUGCAAUUCAAAAACUUAUAGAUACCUUACAGGAGAAUGCUAAUGGGGAGUGUCCAGAUCAAUUCGAGCUCAUUAGAGAUGUAUCAGAAAGACUUGGAUGUAAUGUGAAAGUGGUGAGAAUCGUCGAGCGAGUGUUAAAUACUUACUUUGCAAGGAUAUAUUUUGGCAAGCAGGGGGGAAAUGAAAUUCUAAGUGUUGAUGCACGACCUUCAGAUGCCAUGAUUAUUGCAAACCGAUGCAGGGCACCAAUAUAUGUAAGUAAAGAGAUUGUCUUCACUGAUGCUAUAAGACUUGGCUAUGGGAUUAGCAGAGUGCAUGAUAGAAAGCCUACUUAUGAUGUAUCUCUUGACAGUGCCAUUGAUGGUCCUGAUCCGUUAGCUGAAGAACUCGGUCUUCUUAUGAAUAUGAAUUUAGCUGCCAAAGAAGAAAGAUACAAGGAUGCAGCCAUGUUGAGGGACAAACUAAUGAAGCUUCGCUACAAUACAUGAAUACUAACUAAGUCUAAGGUAUAUCCAAUUUUUAAUGCUCCUGUGUUCAUGGGUUAUAUGACUGUCUUACAUAACUUGCAUUUAUCUCAACGAACUUUCUUGAGGACUCUUUUGCCAAGAGAAGGAGAACAUCCACAGUGUUUGCAUUCUUGCCACCUUUUCUAAGGUGUAUCGCCUCAGAGAUGGCAGAUGAAUACUUGUCAGAUAACAGAUAUGGCCAUAUGGGCACCCUUUGGCAUAGCUUUCCAUUAGGCAUAUCCGAGUAAAAGGAGCAACAUGAGGAAUCUGUGCCUAAAAGGAAUUUGGAAUAUGUGGUAUGUGCAGACUAAACUUUGUGGUGUAGUACUUAAAUUAGAUUUAUAUGAUAUAGAUCAGCUCUCUGCCUCUCUCUAUCUGGCAUAGAUAGUAUUUCCCUUGUCGGUACAAAACUGGUUUUCGUGUAAUUUUUAGUGCGAGAGUUAAAAAAAAAUGAACGUCAAGAAAGAAUGAAUUAUUUUCUGUUUAUACUGAUGUAAAACACUUCCUUGUAAGAUUUUGGUUGAAGGAAGGAAACUUGUGUAUGUAACUCCCAAUUUUCUGAAGA